AAAAGAACACAUUAUAUUGUAUACUUGGAAAGUAAUUUACGUAAAAUGCGAUUUUUAAUUAUAUUAUUUGUCGUAGGGUCGUGUGGAGUCUUGGGAGAUAUUCCUGAGAGUUUACAAAGAGCACUGCCUGUCCGUACCAAGCCAUGUACCUGUAUCACUUCAUACCUGAAAGCCAAGUUAAAUAUUAAUCCCCCAAUUGCCUUUAAGAAGUUCGGGAUUUCGCCGAAAUACUUGCCCGUUCCGCCUAAAGAUAAGCUUGUGGGGGGUUUUGUGACAGCAUCUGUAGAGUUGGGAAAUUACAUUGACCCAAUUAGAACUAUUGAUCCAGAGUCUAUUAGUUAUCCAAAAGGAAAGGACAGUGCAAAGUACACUCUAAUAAUAGUAGAUUUCGAUGGACAUCAGGGCCCUGCUCCGAACGUCCACCUCAUCGCUAUUUAUGUGAAUUUACCAAAUAGUAAGAAUUUAUUGGGUAGUGGUGAGGACGCUGUGCCUUACAUCUCAGCCGUCCCAAGCUUAGGAACCGGUGUUCACAGAAUCGCAGCCAUCUUGUAUGAGCAGAACGACCGCAUAGACCCUGACCAAAUUGAAUUUUUAAAAUUGGCAAAAAGCCGUGUUCUACAACUAGAACAAUUCGCAAAGAAAUUCAACCUCAAACCUGAGCCUGUGGCGGGAUGUUUCUACACCACUGAACUCAAAAGUUGCGGAAUUUCCAAACACUAAUACUUUAUCAUUUAAAAUUAGUAUAUGUUCUUGAAAAUAAACAUUGUUAUUGAA